AUGGACAAUGUGUCAUCUGUUAUAGAGUUUACUCUGUCUGGGUUUGAUGAGAUAUUAGACUACAAACUAACAUUCUUCUGUCUCACUUUAUUGUGUUAUUGUGUUAUUAUUAUGGUAAAUGUUGUUGUCGUUGUUACUAUCGCCAUGGAUAGAAACCUCUAUGAGCCAAUGUACAUCUUUAUUUGUAAUUUGUGCAUCAAUGGCCUGUUUGGUACUGCAGGAUUCUAUCCCAAAUUCCUUCUGGAUCUACUGUCUCAUCAUUGGGGUAUCUCUUAUACAGGAUGCCUGCUUCAAGGUUUGGUAAUAUACACUUCUGUGUGCAGUGACAUUUGUUUUUUAGCAGUGAUGGCAUAUGACAGGUUAAUGGCAAUCUGUAGACCAUUAGAGCAUUCAUCUGUUAUGACCAGGCAGAGGGUCGCUCAGUUAGUCUGUUUCUCCUGGCUUGCUCCUUUGGGUCUUUUAUCUGCUAGUACAAUAUUUACUUCCAGAUUGAAGUUGUGUGGCUCAAACAUAAAAAAACUCUACUGUGCUAACUGGAUGGUAGCUAAACUCUCAUGUGCUGCAACCAAUUGGGUAACGUCAACCACACCAGGGAAUGUAAUUGCAUAUGUGAUCAUAUUGUUCUAUAUAUUUCUUGGUGUUUUCAUUUUUUGCUCCUAUGUGCAAUUGACCAGAUGCUGUUUUAAGUCCUUAGCAAACAGAGGAAAGUUCAUGAAGACCUGCGUGCCACAUUUACUAGCGUUGUUUAAUAUCUCAAUUGCUUCUCUAUUUGAUGCUAUGUAUAUGCGAUAUGGCUCCUCAGAUUUCCCUCAAAGCUUUCAGAACCUCUUGGCUCUAGAAAUCAUAAUAGGUCCUCCAUUAUUUAACCCCCUCAUUUACGGUCUUACACUAAGUCAAAUUCGUAACCAAGUCCUGCAUAAAUAUUUGCAAAAUAAAUGA